AGUGCACUGCACACCACAGAACUACUUCUCUCUGUGCAACGCUAUCAACAGCCAGUAAUUAGGCUAUUGGAUUAAGCCUACCUCAGUGUUGUGACUGCGCUGGAUACCGAUGGAGGGUUAUCACGUUACCGUAAGGACAGCGGCUCCACCACUGGCCGGCUCAUACAGCAAACUACACGUUUCCUUGAUCAGCAUCCAAGGCAAGAUAGUAUCGUCUGUGUUAGAUGCAGAAAGCCACCUAUUAUCUGGAUCGGCUUGUAGGAUAGUAAUGGGAGGAGGUGAUAAUGUGGAGCAAGUGGCUCUGGUCCGCUUACGACUGGAGGUCCAGCCUGGAUUUCCUGAACUGGACUGGCAUUGCCAGACUGUUGAAGUGAACCAUGGUACUCUAGUUCAAGUCUUCCCCUGCCAUAGGUGGCUGCAGGCUGCUGAUGGAGAUGUAGAUCUACGCUGUGAAGAUGUGUGCCCGUUGAGCAUGGAAACACUGCAGGUCCUGAAGGACCACAGGACACAAGAGUUGAGCACAAGACAACAACACAUUAGGUGGCGCACUUUUGCUGAAGGAGUCCCCCACUGUGUGGACAUGCAGACUCUGCAGCCCCUGGGACCAAACCUGAGCUACACACGUCAGAGCCCAGGCACUAAUUUGCACUAUCUUAAGGGGUUUGCAGAGAGGAAAGAACCAUGGAGAAGCCUCAAGGAGAUAGAAUGUUUUUUUAUGCACAAUGGUAAUGGGAAUCGUACUGCCAUGUAUGUUUGGUCUCACUGGAGAGAAGAUGCCUUCUUUGGAUAUCAGUGUCUGAAUGGCUGCAAUCCUCUUCUGGUUCGGCAGAUUCGCAGCAUCCCCACCAACUUGUCAGUCAGCCCAGAGUUAGUCCAGCCUUUCCUACCUGAGGGAUCCUCCCUGGAACUAGAGCUGGAGAGAGGGAAAGUGUUUCUGUUGGAUUAUGAGGUUCUGGACGGUGUGCCACCAAACAUCAUCAAUGAGAAACAGCAGUACUUGACUGCUCCUCUGUGUCUCCUGCAUGCUGGCCCAGAUGGAAAUCUAAAACCCAUAGCCAUCCAGCUGCAACAGAAACCCGCCACAGACAAUCCAGUGUUCCUGCCAUCUGACCCUCAGCCUGAUUGGCUGCUGGCCAAAAUGUGGACUCGCUGUGCAGACUUCCAGUGUCACCAGCUCAUCUCCCACUUCCUGCGCACUCAUCUACUGGGAGAGGUGUUCUGUGUCGCCACCUUGAGGCAGCUACCGGAAGUGCAUCCUAUUCAUAGGCUUCUGAUGCCACAUGUUCGGAGUUCUCUCCAAAUCAAUAUCCAAGCCCGGGCCUCUCUACUGGCCCCUAAGGGGGUGUUUGAUCGGGCCAUAGGCUGUGGUCUGAAGGCAAUUCCUGUUCUGCUGGCGAAUGCCAUGGCCAGGCUACGUUACGACACUUUGUGUGUUCCAGAGGACCUGGAGGCCAGGGGAUUGGACUCACUUCCCAACUGCUACUAUGCCCAAGAUGCCCUGAAAGUGUGGAAUGCUCUAAAUAGGUUUGCCACAAAGUGGGUAGAUGUGUAUUACCAUAGCAACACAGAGAUCCAACAGGAUAGCGAGCUGCAGAGCUGGAUCAAGGACAUUUUCACAAGGGGCUUUCUGGGGAAAGCAGAAUCUGGAAUGCCACAGUCAUUCGAGAGCAAGGAGGAGCUGAUCAAGUUCAUCACCAUGGUGAUAUUCAGCAGCUCUGCCCUGCACGCCGCAGUCAACUUCUCUCAACUGGACUUCAACCUGUGGAUGCCAAACUGUCCAGCCUCCAUGUCCAGACCGCCGCCUCAGUCCAAAGGCUCGGUGAGGGAGGAGGACCUACUGACCUUCCUGCCCGAUGUCAACGCCACCUGUAGCGUGCUCACCACCCUCGCUCUGCUCUCACAGCCGGCGGCCAACUUUGUGCCUUUGUGUCAGUACCGUGAGGCUUACUUCUGCAAUGGCGCCCCCUGCAGGCUGGUUGAGGAGGUGCAGAUCGAACUGAGAGCAAUAGCAGAGGAGAUCUCCGAGAGAAACAAAGAGAUGGAACUUCCCUACCCUUAUCUCUCCCCUCUUCGAAUUGAGAACAGCGUAGCGAUCUAGUGCUAGAUUAGAAACAGAGAUGCUAUUUCUGCGUUCUACGUUCAUUAGCAAUAGAAGGCCUUCACACUCAUUCACUCACAUUCAUUCUGCUGUUCAUUUCAAUUAAUUUGGAUACCUUUCACAUAGUUUUCUCUGCUAAUGUCCUUGACAGUGGGUCUACUGGCAGCACACUUUAUUACUUGAUCUUGUGUAGCUACUCGUGGGGGUUGGAGGGUAGCUUUUAUUCAUACAAAACAGUGAAGAGAGUGACAGGAAGCGAUUCGGAGAGAGACGGGGUGGGGAUCGGGAGAAGACCCUGUGGGCACUGAAUGGGUUAUGAUUGCAGAAACCACUGGUGCUACAGCAACUUUUAAUCUUUUACAGUAUAUGAAAAUGCAUUAUUCUGUAAUCCGAAGUCGUCGUCUUCCUAUUUUUCUAACCAACAUUUCUGCGUCUAAUUAAUCUUUAACUGUUUCACGUAGAAAUGU